AUGGGUUGUGAAGAUACUUCAACGGCCAUUGCUUGUGAUAAGGUGAAGAAAAUGAGUGAGCUCAGGGAGGGUUACAACAUAAUUGGACUUUCUCAGGGUAAUAUGGUUGGUAGAGGAAUCCUUGAAUUCUGUGAAGGAGGACCACCUGUGAGGAAUUUUAUAUCUCUGGCAGGUCCACACGCUGGGAUAGCUUCUGUUCCCUUUUGCGGAUCUGCUCUGGUAUGUAUUCUAGUGGACUUUUUGAUCCAGUUGGCAGUUUACAGCAACUAUGUUCAGGAACAUUUGGCACCUGCUAAUUAUAUCAAAAUUCCAACCGACAUAGAUGAAUACAAUAAAGGAUGUAGGUUCCUCCCAAAGCUUAACAAUGAAAUACAGAGGAAUUCGGCUUACAAGGAGCAGUUUGCUAGCUUGCAGGGCUUGGUGCUUAUCAUGUUCGAGCAUGAUACAAUACUGGUGCCCAAAGAGACAUCUUGGUUUGGGUAUUUUCCAGAUGGUUCCUGGACCCCUGUUUUGCCUGCACAAGAGACGACCCUCUACACUGAAGAUCGGAUUGGUUUGAAAUCCUUGGAUGAAGCUGGGAAGGUGAAGUUUGUGAAAGUAUCUGGAGGUCAUCUUGAAAUUUCUUAUAGCGACAUGAAAGAAUACAUUCUACCAUACUUGGUGGAAAAUGGAACUACAAGACUGAAUAUAUCAUCAGAAUCAUCUCAUAUUUGGCCCUGGUCUGAGCACAAGGGAGAGAGGCUGCAGCUCUACACUGCAAAUUGA